CCUCGAUCUUAACCUCUUCUCUUCGUCGUUCUUCUCCUCGUCACUCUUCUCUUUCUGCUGCCCUCCAUCAUCACUACUUUUCGAUUUUUAGUACUACGCUUCUAGUCGAACAACACCUUUGCUUUCCCUGAUCGCUGUUUCAGUAUGGAUCACAAUGAUUAUUACGAAUUCAGUUAUUCCGGUUCUACGUCGAACUCAUGUCAUUCAUAUAAAUUGGAAGUUUCUCCAAACUUGACCAAGUAUUGGAUUCCAGAUUGCAUUGACAGUUGUAAGCCCUGUGUUGGUAUGCUAUUUAAAGGUACUGCAGAUGGGAUUCGAUUUUACAAAAAAUAUGCAGUUCUUUGUGGUUUUGAUAUUUGUAUUAGCACUUCUAAGAAAGGUCGUGACAGUGUAUGUGUGUGGAAGUAUGUUUUGUGAGGUAUUCAAAAAUCAACCAAAAGCUAUCAUUUGUGAAUCAAACACUGUUGUUGGUGAUCAAACAGAAACACUUGAAAUUGACUCCAGCUCCUCUAACUGUGUGAAAACUUCUGUUUCCAAUGAAGAGCUCAAAAGAUCGGACCCUAAGGCUAUUGAUUCCAUAAAGAGGCGUCGUGUAUCAAAUAGGGUUGGUUGCAAAGCACGUUUAGUUAUGAGGUUACAUGGUGUUGAUAGGUAUAUAGUUACCCUAUUCGAAGAGCGACAUAACCAUCCCAUGACGUCUAUCCCAUCUAGCCCAUUUCUAAAGGUUAACCGAGCUCUUGACAUUGGCCAUCAAAAUUUUGUUUUGAACUGCUCAAAAGCAAAUAUUGGUACCAUGAAGUGCUAUCGUUUGUAUAAAGAAAUAGUUGGUGGCUAUUCGAAUAUUGGUGCAACAUCGGUUGAUUUUAAGAACUUUAAACUUGAUUUGAAGGCAUAUGUUGCAGGGGUUGAUGCUCAAAUGUUAAUUGAUAAGCUCUUUAGAAAGCGGGAGACAUGUUCUGAGUUUUUCUUUAACUAUGAUGUGGAUGGUAGUGAUCAAUUAACUCGAAUUUUUAGGCUGACCCUAUUUGUAGAAAGGAUUAUGCUCUGUUCGGAGAUGUUGUCUCAUUCGAUGCUACUUUCGAGACUAAUAGGUACAAUAUGGUAUUUUGUCCCUUUCACUGGUGUAGAAAACCACAAGAAGUGCAUAACUUUCGGGGCCGGCCUUUUGUUGAAGGAAGAUGUUGAAUCUUAUAUUUGGGUGUUUCGUUCUUUUAUUAGUGCAAUGACCAAGGAGCCCACGUGCAUUAUAACUGACCAAGAUCCUGCCAUGCGGGUUGCUUUUGAACAGAUUUUCAAAACAGCUCGUCAUCGAUAUUGUAUGUGGCACAUCAUGUCCAAGGUCACUUCCAAGAUUUUGGAUCCCUGCGUUUUUCCGUGAUCUAUUCAUGGCAGGAAUGCUUAGGACUACAUCAAGAUCGGAAAGUGGAGUCAAGCUGUGCAAGAUCCCGUCAGAGUUUAACCCUGCAGAUAUGGGUACCGAGUGUCUUUCUGCUGAGAAGCACUUGUCCUGUAAACGCGUGUUAAACUUUGACUGUGGAUAACUGUGGGUUGCGUAAUAAAGUGUUUGCCCGUUUUAUCUGUUGAUAUUCCGGGUGACCCGGCAAUGAUGAGUCUCCUCACAACCUGUUUUGCUACUCUACACCACCUAGGACCAAUAAGGUGGAGAAUGUUGGAGGUAUUGGUCCUACCAAGGCCUCCCUUCCACUUUAUUAUUAAGGCUUGCACCCCAUGUUUACUCCCACUUUGAUUCCCUUAGUUGAAAUCACUCAUUGGUGCCCGUUGACUUACAAUAUGUGAGCCCCCCUUUUUUUGUUGUUGUCCGCUGCACCUCCUGUCUGGCAGCCCGUGACUACCUGUUGAUUAGCCUCACCCGUGACUUCCCUUGGCAGCCUAUUUGUAGUCCUUUGUUUGCCCCUUUGAGUUAAGCCUGCGUGAAUUCCUCUUCCAGAGUGCAGUGUCUUCCUUCUUCCUUUCCUUGUGUGAGAGUUCCUUUGUGGAGUGAAGAAGAGUGAGUAAACAUGGGAGAUGUUGUGGCCUAGCCCUAGAGGGUGUGUGUGAGUUUAGUCUAGAGUGGUUGGAGACCUGAGCCGGAGACGGAUACGAUCCUAAAAGUUUUAUUGAGCAUCAACCAGAUUUGUUCAAGAAGCAAAAAUUUAUUUCCUCAGAGUCGUCCGGUGCAUCUAGUAGUUCAAAGAAUGACAUCAUCAGCUCAUAUUAUGGUUCUUUUAUACCGACUGAGGUUAAUGUCCAGCCAUCUGAGAUUGCUAGGAACAAAGGCUGUGGCAAAAGAAUAAAAGGCGGCAAAGAGAAAACUAUUGAAGUUGCAAAGAAGGCUAAGAGAUUAUGCCGUACUUGUAAUGAGUUUGCAUUUCAUGAUAGUAGGAAUUGUCCUCUAAAUGAUGACAAAUAAGAGAAUUGAAGCUAUAAUGUGUUGAUUUUUCAAUUUUUACAGAUUUGUUAUUUUACACAAAUGUUGUCUUUGUAUUGCAC